AAUGAAAAGUCUCAUUGAAAGAUCGCGAGAUUUCACAUGAAUAGUAUUUCUGAUGUUUUCUAGCUUUAUCUAGCAUUUAUUCAACUGAAUAAAGAAAUAGUAAAGGAUCGUAAUUUUUUAAAUUCAUAAUAGCAUAGCAUUCAUUUAGUAAUAGUGAAAAACUUUCUCCAUUAUCAUGAUUUAAAUACUAUUGAUGAAAUACUAGCUAGAAGUAGAUGAAUUGUCCAGCCAUAGUUAUUGUUUUAGUGUCAAGAGAGGGUUUGUUUUGUUUGAUAUUAAUAAUGAUUGAUCAGUUAAGACAAGGUUUGAAUGAAAUAAAGUCAUUUAGACGAAGCUGUCGUAAAUCUAAUUUCCUUCCAUCAGUCAAUCAUUGGCGACAAUCAUUGACGAAAUGAUAAAACUGAUUUAAAUUUUACACUUGAUUUAUUUGAAUUAACUAUUUCAAUUUUUCUGACACUUUGACAGUUUGAAUCAUCAUUGUUUUCAACAAGAUGAAUUUCAUCAUUGAAAAAAUACAUCAACAAACAAGUGCUUCAAGGAUUGCGCUAUUCAUGCAGUUUUCGUGAUUUAACGAAUACCUAUGUAAUUAAUGUAUCCAGAAAGCUCUGUGGUUUCAAUUAAUCAACAUCAGGUGAAAAAUGAGUAACUUAAAAUUGAAUCUUGUUUUGUUGCCAUUAUGGCUUAAUGUCUUCAUUUUGAUUGUUACUAGUCAUCCUUUGAUGCUGCCAUCAGCUUUUUUUAAUCAAUUUGAAAAGUUGAGUGAAAACAAUAAUCCUACUGUUCCUUACAAAGUUGAUUAUCACAUUGGAUCCAGAUUUGACCCAUUUAAGGAACCACUUAAUAGUCCUGAUGACUACGAUGGUACAGGAAUCAGGCCAGCUAUGAGAGCUCCAACUGUUGACGUCUUACUUCCUUGGGAAGACGAUCCAGAGAUCGUCUAUCUGACAGAGAAACCGCAAAACAUUACAAAUAAUGUUACCUCGGUCUCUAGUUCAACAUCCUCUACAUUAUCAUCGUCAUCAUCAUCUUUACCUGAUCAAUCAUCAACUCUAAGUUCAUCAACAAAAUCAUCUUCCAUUAACCCAGUAACAGAAUCAAAUACAACAGUGAGUUUACUUCCAUGGGAAGAGGAUUCAUGGCAGUUGUUUGAGACAUCAGUCAGCUCAAGCUCACCAAACUUUACUUUUAUUACCGCACCAUCAACAUUUAAGACACCACUUUAUGUAUCAAUCACGACUUCAAGUACAUCACCAUCAACAACCAGCGGACCAACUAGUUCAACCUCAACCUCAACUGUUAGUUCGUCCACAGUGACUGCUGGGAUAAGCACUACAUAUUCACCUUUGCCCUGGGAAGAAGAUUAUUUUGACAAUAUUGUCUCUAAUCCAAUUCAGGUGGGAUCAACGUUGAAGCCUUAUGAACCACCAACCACCAAACUGACAACUUCAUCGCAAGAAAUUGGAACUACAACUACAACUCGAUCAACUGAUCUAUUAAUCACAAUCAGCACGAAUCCAGAAUCUUCAGUUGAAGAAUCAAUAUUUAACUUGGUACCUUUAAAACCAAUCGACAAUUCUGACCCGAAUUGGCCCAAAUUCCCAAAUAAAAGGCCAAAGUCAAACAAAAUUGGUUAUAAUUGAUGCCUACAAAUCCAAACAUUUAAAACUCAUCUUUUUGCCGCAGAAAAGGCUCGUUUUCAAAAAAUAAUCAACCCAUGAUAAACUAAAAUGUACUCAAAAUUUACUUUUGAAAUUAAUAAAUUUUUGAACUAGA